AUGGCCGUAUAAAAACCACGGAGCAAAACCUCUGAAGAACACUCCAGCAUCAUCUCUUGCAAUUUCAUUUCCAUUUUCUUUUUCUUUUUUUUUUAGAAAAAAGCACUAGUUCCCGAAGAUAGGGCCCUCAUUUACAGGUCGUUCGCUUAUAUCUACGCCAAUAGUCCAUCUUUAGAUAAAGCCAUGUUAGGAAAAGUGUUUGUACAACUCGCGGCGGCAGCUUUGGCCUUGGCAGGAGACGCACCAAAAGUCGCCGACUCCACAGGCCAAUAUACCCUCGAAGCAAAUUUCGAACCCACGGCAACAUCGAAAAUCACGGGGUUUAUCGUGUUUAGAGCAGCUACGAAUGGCACAGUAUUGGUGGGGAUCCAAGUUGGCAACUUGACUCAGAGCCAGGAACCGUUCAGCUACCACAUCCACGAGCUCCCCGUGCCCGCCAACGGCGACUGUCAAGCAACAUUGGGCCACUUUAACCCUUACAAUGGCUCUACCACGGCAACGACACCCUGGGGUUUAGAAGUCGGGGACUUGUCUGGUCGAAACGGCAAGAUCAGUGGCACGUACAUUAGCAAUCAAUACAUUGAUGAAUACAUCAGCUUGAACCCCGACUCCAAGUCUUUUAUUGGCGGCAAAUCGGUUGUGAUUCACGCGGCCAAUGGCACUAGGUUGACGUGUGCUAAUAUCACGAUUGACCCGCAUUCUGUGAGGAGUAACGGCACCGUGACUGUUACACCUGCCAAUCCCAACGGGGCAUCUCAAGUUGAAAGUGGUGGAGUGUUGGCUGUGGGCGCCGCUGCGGUGUUGGCAUUGUUGGCUUAA